GAUUCAGUGAAUACAAACCAUGUGGAUCGCUUGCGUGCUUUUUGUUAUCGGCGUUUUAAGCCAUCAAAUCUCAGCCGAUGACAUAAAUUGUGGCAACGCCAUUCAAAUUGUGGCUCCGGUGAAUCAUUCCUUCCACCUAAAUUUAAAUGAAUUAAAAGAAGUUCUCGAAACCGAUCAUAUCAAGGAUCGACAUGUUGUUGUGGUCUCAAUCGCAGGAGCAUAUCGACAAGGGAAGAGUUUUCUAUUGAAUUUCUUCAUCAAAUACUUGGAGGCACAGUACAAAAAACACAAUGUCACUGAUUGGCUUGGCGAGACUAAAAAUGACAGCAAAAUAAAUUGAUUUAAAUGGCGAAGCGGUUUAGACCGAGAAACAGUCAGUAUUUGGAUGUGGUCCGACAUUUUCACCCAUGAUUUUCCGAAUGGUGAAAAAAUCGCAAUUCUCCUGCUUGACACACAGGGACUUUUCGACGAUCAUAGCACUUUGCAUGAUAACACGGCAAUAUUUGCACUCAGUAUGAUGUUGUCGUCCGUUCAAUGUUACAAUUUGGUGAAUAUGAUACGCGACAAUGAUUUGCAGCAUUUGGAUCUAUUCACCGAAUACGGCCGUCUUGCUCUCGAACAAACCGAUGAAAAACCGUUUCAAAAGCUACUUUUCACCGUUCGUGACUGGUCAAAUCCACAGAAGUUUUCAUUUGGAGACAGCAAAAUGUAUGCGGACAAAGUCUUCGCCGAAAAUUCAGAACAAACUCCUGAAAUGAAAGAGUUGAGACGACGUAUCAGAAUGAGUUAUCAACAAGUUGACACAUUUUUAUUGCCGCAUCCUGGAUUUGUAGUAGCGGUUGAUCAAAAUUUUAAUGGCGAACUAGAUCUGAUCGAACCAAUAUUCAUUGAAUAUGUGAAAGAAUUGUCGACAUCGCUUUUUGCUCCGGAGAAUCUAAUUGUGAAAAAAAUCAACGGCCAACAAGUUCGUGCUCGAAAUUUGUCACAAUAUUUAGAAUCGUAUACGAAUAUGUUCAAUUCAGACAAAUUACCGGAGAUAAACUCGGUUUUAAUGGCAACAGCUCAAGUAAGCAACACAAUUCUAUACAAUGAUUGCAUGCAAAGGUACAGUGAUGCAAUGGAAACAGCACUUGAGAAUGCAAAUCCGUUUAUGAGCGAAAAUGAACUUGUGCAACUUCAUGAACAGACAAAGACUGGUGUAUUGGCACAGUUCUUAGAAAAACCAAAGCUCGGCGGCGAUGAGCUUCGAACAAAAUUCCAGCGAAAACUUGAAAAUGGCACGCAACAGCGAUAUCGAACAUUCAAAGCUGAAAAUGAAAGAAAACGCAGGGAUUUCAUUGAAAAAGCCAAUUUACACAAUGAAAAAAUCAGCGGUGAAAUUGUUGGAGCCGUUAAGCGAAAUCUUCUCCAAGAAAUUGAAAAGAUAAAUUCCGAACUCAGUUUUGCUCAGUUGAACAAUGUGUUCCAAUCCGAAACCGAUGCCGCUUUAAGAGAUUUUGCUACCAGAAAAAUGGGCGAUGAUGACAUAUCCAGAGAUCUUCGUGAAAGGCUUAAAAAUGGUCUAAACACUUUGAAGGACACAUUGGCCAAAACGUUGGAAUCAUACACUCAUGCCCUGCAAUCUUAUAGUGAUACAAUGCAUCGAUCCCUCGGCGAAGUUCAAUACUAUAGCCAUGGCGAUUUCAUCGGUGUUCAUCAAAAGGCGAAGAAUGCAGCUGUUAAUCAGUUUCAAUCGCAACCCGGAGACAAUGAAUUGAAAUCUGUAAUUCAACGAAAAAUUGAGGCAAAUAUUGAAAAAAGACAGCAUUCGUUUGGUGAAGUUAAUGAAGCGAAACGGCAGAAGUUCCAGCAACGAGCAAAGGCCCACACAGAGGCCUUAGUCAGAGAAUUAAAGGCAUCAUUCGAAAAUAAAGUGAAAAAUGGAAUUGGAAGCAGAUUCUUAAGCGGUGAUGAUUUGGUAAGAUUGAUUUCGAAAACUAAACAAAGCGUUUUGCAAGAGUUCGAAUCAAGAAAACUGGGUAAUGAUGAACUGUCAAAUGCAGCUUAUCACCAUAAUCGGCCAAUACUUGAACGCGAAAUAGACAGUUUGCAAGUUAAUUUGAAUAAAGACAACGAACGAAAUAGGCCAGAGCCGUACGAACCAAGCAAUUGGGUUAAAUUUCGGGAUGCUACUUUUGGAAAGUGGUUUGGAUAAAUGAUCCUGCUCCAGAAA